CCUGUGAUCCUAAAUCCGGUCAAGCGAAGGCAGCAACUCUCACAUGUUUGAAUUCGAUUUCACAGAGGAAACUAAUGGUGGGACCCAGGAGGUCAAUCCACGUUGUCGCGCAAGCUCAAGCUCCUCGGGAGCGGCGGCGGAGGCAACCGGAAGGCGGCUCCGAGAGGGGCGGGGGCGACGUGACGCCGACGACGCGGGCGUGCCGGUGCCCGCGCCUGUGCCGAGGGUUUGGCGGGAUUUCUGAAAGUCGCCAGGCCGGGAGCGCUCCCGGCAAUCUGAGGCGGCGGCGGCCAGACGGCGGACACGCACCCUGAGGCCCGCAGUUGAGAGCUGGCGCCCUCGGGGCUUGUGUGUGGAAGGCCAAGAAAAGGCAGAGGGGGCGGCCUCGAGCGAGUGGGUCUGGGGUCCCUCCGGGCCCGGGGCGCGCCGCAGGCCGUCGGCCCACGUCUGAGCGCGCCUCUCCCUGAGCCAGCUGCGCGGCGGCCCGGUGCCAGAAAUCAAUCCCAGGGGGCAGGAGAUAUAACUCAAAGGACUGGACCACUUUCUGUCUGUGGGAGGCCUGAGUAUUGAACAUUGAGUAAUGGCUAUGCAGAUGCAGCUUGAAGCAAAUGCAGAUACUUCAGUGGAAGAAGAGAGCUUUGGCCCACAGCCUAUUUCACGAUUAGAGCAAUGUGGUAUAAAUGCCAAUGAUGUGAAAAAACUGGAAGAAGCUGGAUUCCAUACGGUGGAGGCAGUUGCUUAUGCACCAAAGAAGGAGCUAAUAAAUAUUAAGGGAAUUAGUGAAGCCAAAGCUGAUAAAAUUCUGACUGAAGCAGCUAAGUUAGUUCCAAUGGGUUUCACCACUGCAACUGAAUUCCACCAGCGGCGAUCAGAGAUCAUACAGAUUACCACUGGUUCCAAAGAGCUUGACAAACUACUUCAAGGAGGAAUUGAGACUGGAUCAAUCACAGAAAUGUUUGGAGAAUUCCGAACUGGGAAGACCCAGAUCUGUCAUACAUUGGCUGUAACAUGUCAGCUUCCCAUUGAUCGCGGUGGCGGUGAGGGAAAGGCCAUGUACAUUGACACUGAGGGUACUUUUAGGCCUGAACGUCUGCUAGCAGUGGCUGAAAGGUAUGGUCUCUCCGGCAGUGAUGUGCUGGAUAAUGUAGCAUAUGCUCGGGGAUUCAACACAGACCAUCAGACCCAGCUCCUUUAUCAAGCAUCAGCCAUGAUGGUAGAGUCCAGGUACGCACUGCUAAUUGUAGAUAGUGCCACCGCCCUCUACAGAACAGACUAUUCGGGUCGAGGUGAGCUUUCAGCCAGGCAAAUGCAUUUGGCCAGAUUUUUGAGGAUGCUUCUGCGACUUGCUGAUGAGUUUGGGGUAGCCGUGGUAAUAACCAACCAGGUGGUAGCCCAAGUAGAUGGAGCAGCCAUGUUUGCCGCAGAUCCUAAGAAACCUAUUGGAGGAAAUAUUAUUGCUCAUGCAUCAACAACCAGACUAUACCUGAGGAAGGGAAGAGGGGAAACCAGAAUCUGCAAAAUCUACGAUUCUCCUUGUCUUCCUGAGGCAGAAGCUAUGUUUGCCAUCAAUGCCGAUGGAGUAGGAGAUGCCAAAGACUAAAUCUUUCAGAUUUUUCCUGUGAGAGAUCUUAAGAACUGCAGCCUAAUGGAGAUACUACUCCCUCAGGUUCUUCACACGCCUCUUGUGACUGCCAGGAAAAAAAAUUCCGGGAAAACAGCUAAUGUACCAGCCUUUUUGAUGGUGUAAACAAGAGAUAGGUCGGUAGUCACAAACUGACCUGGAAUGUUUACUACACCUCCUGGAGUAUAUUCUCUAUAUGAAUUGUUUGGUGGAGGGGUACAGAAUACCUUUAGUAUGGUGUCGACACAGGACUAAUAGCUGUCUACUGAACAAUUCAAAAGAACUAAAUCUGGGAGAUCUGUCUCUUCUCAUUUCACCUGAAUGAGCUGGAAAAGUAUGCCUGCACUCUAUAGCAAAAGGAAUGGAUGGCCUCACAGGUUCUUUUCCUGUCAGUAAAACUUUACCUGCCAAUUAAGAGCAGGUUUUUAAGUUUAUAUGGCAGAAUUAAUUCAUGUAAAAAUUUCUUUUUAGUUAAGGCAUACUGGCCACCAGUCCAUCAGCAUCUACUUGCUUGGUUUUGUUGCUAAGACCAACUCAAGAUAGUUUGGAGGCGUCCAAAAGAUAUGAAAGGCAAUGUAAGCAUUUCAGAGAUUCAGUACUUUCAUAUUAGUAGGUUCAGCGUGGAACUGCUAAUAGUUAAUUACUAUGUACAGACGUUAUUGUCCAAGCUUAAUAUUGCUAAAUUAGGCUAUUCAUUAUGCCCUUUUCUGAUUGGGUGAUCAGUUCUUACUGCUUUAACAUUUAGAAGGGAAAAACCCAUAUUCAAAUCGUUGAGUUUACUUGUCACUUAACAUAUUUGGUAAUAUAAUUAUAUACCAUAGCCUUUGUAUCCUAAUAGCCUUGAGUUAAAGAUAUGGUACUUGCUUAGAUACUCUACUUCAGGGAUUUGAGGUGUUAUUCUUGCUUUUCAUUGUUUUUUUUUUUUUUUUUUUUUUUUUUGGGUCACACCUGGCGAUGCACAGGGGUUACUCCUGGCUUUGCACUCAGGAAUUACCCCUGGCCGUGCUCAGGAGACCAUAUGGGAUGCUGGGAUUUGAACCCGGGUUGGCCGCGUGCAAGGCAAACGCCCUACCCGCUGUGCUAUCGCUCCAGCCCCAUAUUCUUGCUUUUCAAAUGCCUAUCAGAAGGUUGCUUCUUAGAAAACAGUGUUCUAAGUUCUGUUUCUUUGACUUCCUUCAGAGCAGUGGCUCUCAACUUCCAGUCUGGGUCAGACUGAAAC